CACGACAUACAAAACUUCUAUGAAUUAUUAUUGAAAUUACACAGCCAUGAUUUUCAAAACACCUUGAGGUAGGAAAACAGUUUAGAAAGAGUAAAUAUGAUUACAGAUAAGUAAGAUAUAUUGCUUUUGAGGUUUGUCACUUUCCGAAAAUGAUCCCCACGGUACGGUAUUAUAAUAUUGUCAGCUUGAAAAUCGUAAUAUUCAGCAUAGCUUCAAUUCUUAUAAGUGUAGCUGUAGUUAAUGUUUCAGCUGCAAGUUUACCUCAUCCAAAUGGCAGAAUCAUCGGUGGCACCAACGUUAGUAUUCUUCAGUUCCCAUAUCAAGCCUCCAUAAGAAGAAGAGGAGCACAUAUCUGUGGAGGAUCAAUUUUCCAUUAUUUCCAUGUCUUGAGUGCCGCACACUGCGCUACUGGGGGAAGUGUAAGUAUGUAUUCUGUACGAGUUGGUACAGAAAUUGUCAACGAUGGAGGUACGAUCGUCAGCGUAUGUUCUAUUAAGCUGCAUGAAAAAUUUCGGCUGAUGACAAUGGAGGGUGAUAUCGCCAUUUUUACGCUUUGUACACCCUUGACGUUUAGUGAGAAGGUUUUGCCAGUUGCAUUACCAAACCCUUGGGAGAGCGUUAAACCAGGAACAGAAGCACUUGUGAGCGGUUGGGGAUAUGUACAGCCAGAAGGAGGACCUACGAGUAGAUUGCAAGCCAUCAAAAUACCUAUAAUAUCUGUUGAAGCCUGCGAUAAGUUGUAUGGGGAAAUUGGUGUGACGAAUACCAUGAUUUGUGCUGGAUAUGUUGGCAGAGGAGAGAAGGAUGCAUGUCAGGGUGACUCUGGAGGUCCACUUCUAGCAGAUGGAAAACUCUUUGGCAUAGUCUCUUGGGGAUAUGGUUGUGCUGAUCCUAAUUUUCCUGGAGUAUAUACAAAUGUUGCAAAAUAUCGAGCUUGGAUACGCCAGACAACAUAUUACUGAAUCCAAAACAUUCCAAAAAUUUUGUAAAUAAAGAUAAUAUAC